UUGGAUCGUACUCACUGCGUUCAAGAGCCCGCGCGACAUUCUCAGCUCGACGCUCGCCUUCACGCCGACCCUGGACAACUUCGCCAACAUCUUCGCGCGCGUGCACUACCAGGGCGGCGCGCUGAUCGAGACCGGGUUCGAGCUCUACUUCGUGACAGCAUCGUGGUCUCGGGCGCGAGCGUCGGGCUCGCGCUCAUCCUCGGCACCGGCGCGGCCUACGGCUUCUCGCGCUGGCCGCUCAAGGGCAACGACACCUACCUGCUCGUGGUGCUGACCGCGCGGAUGCUGCCGCCCAUCGUCCUCAUCAUCCCGCUCUUCGUGAUCUUCCGCAUGACCGGGCUGGCCGGCAGCUACCUCGGCAUCAUCCUGCUCUACACCGCGUUCAACCUGCCCUUCGCCAUCUGGAUGAUGAAGAGCUUCUUCGACGACCUGCCGCGCGAGGUGGAGGACGCCGCGCGGACCGACGGCAGCUCCGAAUGGCGGGUCUUCUUCCGCGUCUGCCUGCCGCAGGUGAAGGCCGGCAUUGCCGCGACGGCGACGCUCGGCCUGAUCCUCACCUGGAACGAGUUCCUGAUGGCGUUGCUGCUCACGGGGCCGGAGACGCGGACCGUCCCGGUCGGCAUGGGGGCCAGCCUCGGCAGCGGCAGCGGCGUGGACUGGGGCAGGCUCGCUGCGAUCGAGACGCUCUUCCUGAUCCCGGUGGUCCUGGUGACCUUCGUCCUCCAGAACCAGCUGCUCAGGGGCGUGACCUUCGGCACCAUCACGCAAGGGCGCCGCGUCGCGCUAGCCAGAAAGCCUCACCCGGUAAUGGUCGGCUAA